AUGGAGCAGCAGCUCCUCCAGCUCCUCUCCGACACGCACUCCUCCGCCGCCGCAACGCGCAAGAGUGCCGAGGGACAGCUCCUUAACCUCUACACCAACGAGCAUUUCCCCCUCUCGCUCGCCUCCAUCGCCUCGCACAACUCCGUGCCCGUGCCUCUUCGUCAGGCCGCCCUGCUGAUUCUGCGCACCUUCAUCGUGUCAGCAUGGUCGUCGCAGCUGGACGAGUUCAAGGGCCAGGUCUUGGUCAAUGACGCGAACAAAGCCCACCUGAGACGCGUUCUACUGGACUUGGCCAUCUCACCCGAAGAAGAUCACCGCAAAGUGAAGUCCUCCGCGAGCUACGUCGUGAGCAAAAUCGCCAGUGCAGAUUUCCCCGACGAGUGGCCGGAGCUGCUGCCCACCUUGCUCCAGGUCAUUCCCAGCAGCAAUGACGCGCAGCUCCAUGGGGCACUCAAGGUGCUCUCAGACCUCGUCGAGACCGGCUUCAGCGAGGAGCAGUUCUUCAAGGUGGCCCGAGAGCUGGUCUCGACCGUUUUUGACGUUGCAACCAACGGUUCGCGGAAGCCAAUCUUGCGUGCGUUGGCAGUGUCCGUUUUCCGCGCGUGUUUUGACACGUUGGAGAUGGUCUUGGAGCAGCACAAGGCGGCAGUUAAGCAUUUUAUGGAUGAAGCGUUAAAUGGAUGGUCUCCGUUUUUCAUUGCUACUUUGAAAGAGCCCGUCCCUGCAACGCCUAGUGAAGAGGAAGAAGCCUCAGACGCCCCUGAGCCCGAGCAAUGGCGGGGUAUGAUAGCAUUAAAAUUGCAGGUAGUCAAGACCUUGAUAAAAAUCCGUGCCGUUUUCCCCACCCUCCUUACUGCCCACAGCACAGCCCUGUUUACCAAUGUUUGGACCGAAUUGUCUACCCUCCAAGAUGUCUAUCAGGAUCUAUAUAUUCGAGAUGAACGGCAGAGUAGACUGGAGGAUGCAGACGGGCUCCCAUACACCCUUGACUUUUUGGUUCUUGAAGAGUUAGAUUUGAUGCAAGCCUUGAUUCGUGCCCCUCCUGUUCGGGUGGAACUUCAGAAUCAGUUGCAGGCAGCGGGCAGUGCAGCAACAACCUCGAGUUGGCUACCAGACGUCCUUAAACUUGCUAUCACGUAUGCCCAAAUUUCUACUGAGGAGGAGGGGCUGUGGGAUAUUGAUGUAAACUUAUACGUUUCCGAGGAGAGCGCUGUUACUUCAAAUUACACCCCCAGGACUUGCAGCGGCGAUGUCGUCAUCAAACUUGGCGAAUGGCUUAAGAAUACAGUCGUUGAAGCGCUUCAUGCCUACAUAACUGCCAUAUUUUCAGACCCAAAUUCAAGUUGGAAACUGCGUGAAGCAGCUCUUUUUGUGCUUAACCAACUUCUUCAAGACUUCCACGAAGUUGAUACAAGUAUUCCCUUGACCAUCGCCAAUGGCUUCAAUGAUUUCAUCCAAUUUUGCAUCACUCAGGGAAAUGUCUUUCUGCGCGCCCGCGGAUAUCUUCUGGCUGGAAAAAUAGCAACAACUGCCGGAGAAGGCUUCCAGCAGACUGCUGUGUCUUACCUAGACGCUGUCAUUAAAGCGAUUUCGAAUGAUACUGCGGAAGUUGUUCAAGUUGCUUGCAUUUGUGCCCUGCAAGACUUUUUGCCCAGCCUCCCAACCGCGUUGACGAGGCCGUUCCAACUCCAGAUGAUUACUACAUUAUCUGACUCCAUUGCCUCCUUUGAUUUCAGAGACAUGACUGAAGGUGAUGAUCUUAUGUUUACUUUGGCUGACACAAUUCGGUAUGCCAUCAUGGUCGAUCCUGCAGUUGUGCUUUCUUCGGUCGCCCUCGACCUCCUUUUCAAUAUUGCCAGUAAUGGAGCAAACAACUUUCAACUAGGAAUGAUGGUGACGGAAACUUUUGAAGACGUGGUACAGCAUAUUGCUGAAUCGGGCUCUGAUUCCUAUAUCCGGCUGUGUGAAAAGGUCCUGCCAUCGCUGACUGGAGCCAUUGACGUUGGUAAUUUAACACAGGAAAACUCUUUAACCAACCUAGCAGUUGAGCUUUUACGUGCUCUGACCGAGAAUGGUCUUGAGCCGCUUCCGCAGGGUCUCAUCGCCACAAUAAUGCCAAAGUUGAACCGUUUGCUACUCACGUCAACGGAGCCAGACUUACUCCCUCCUGCUACACUGGCCGUCAAACACAUGCUUGAGCAUGAUCCCAAUCAGUUUUUUGCUUGGCAUGACUCGCAAACAGGUAAGGACGCCGUUGAGAGCGUCUUGAUUAUAAUUGACCGCCUUCUUGGCCAAGCCGUGGAAGAUAGCGCGGCAGCUGAGGUUGGAGGGUUGGCAGCCGAACUUGUCGAAAAGGCAGGCUCUGAUAAGUUAGGACCAUUCUUGCCCCAGCUUCUUCGCGCAGUGGCACAGCGCCUCGCCACGGCGGAGAAAGCUCAAUUCAUUCAAAGCCUUAUUCUAGUAUUUGCGCGUCUCUCCUUGGUUAGUGCUCGAGAGGUUAUUGAUUUCCUUGCGCAAGUGGACGUCAACGGGCACUGCGGCAUCAAUGUUGUUAUUGGCAAGUGGCUUGAAAACGCCGUUAACUUUGCUGGAUACGACGAAAUUCGACAAAAUGUGAUCGCGCUAUCUAAGAUCUACGAGCUCGAAGAUCCUCGUGUUUCUCAAGUCCAAGUCAAAGGCGACCUUAUCAUCCAGGAUACUGGCCGGAUCAAGACGCGUUCCCAGUCGCGACUCAACCCAGACCAAUACACCAUCAUCCCAGCUCCGCUCAAAAUCAUCAAAGUGUUGGUGGAAGAAUUGUCGUCCGCCGCUGGAGUAAGGGGUAUCCACGGUCCCGGCUCACAAAACUUUGAAGAUGUUGAGAGUGAUGACGAGAAUGCUGACUGGGAAGAUAUGCCCUCUGGAACCCUUGACCUGGGGCUCGGUAUCACGAAACAGGAACUCAUGGGGUUUGCAGAACCUGACACAGGAGUGCGACAGCGUGAUGAUGAGACCCAGGCCUACUUGUCCCAUUUCUUCCACGAACAGGCGGCUAAACCCGGAUUCCAGGAGAUCUUUUCGGCACUGAAGCCAGGGGAGCAGGACCAGUUACGAAGUUUAGGCCAAUGA